AUACAGCUUGUAUAGAACUUUGAUCCCUUGGUUAUGGCGCUGGAACGGUUGCAGCAAGUCUACCAAGCCGUGACCAUCCAUGUCCAUAGUCAACGCUGUGACUAAGUGCACUAUUUCCCUCGGCUUCUCUAUCUUUCGCUCGAGUUCGCUCCGAACAUCGAGUCAUACCUCACCUGCCAUUCGACUUUCUCUUCUUGGAUUUCAGUCGCGCAGUCUUGUCACUAUGGGAGUUACCACAGCUAUUACUCCAGCCAUUGUAGGCGCUUUACGAUGCCAGAAAGAUUCUUAUCUGCAAACGCUCGACACGGAAGUCGUAUCGUGCGAGGAAUUCGUGCCGCCAAAGUCCUCACAGCCAAAUGGCAAGUCAAAGACGAAGAAGUCCACGGAUCCGACCAAGGGCCUUGAGAAUGGGGAUGUAGCAGGAAGCAAAACAUGGCUUGUUGAGCUCGCGGACUCAGUACUAUUCCCAGAAGGUGGUGGCCAGCACACAGACUACGGCGUGCUCACCAUCCUCAAAGACGAGCGCAAAGAAGCUAUCCCGAUAAGAAAUAUGCAACGUCAUGGUCUCCGUUGCAUCCACUUCUCCCCUGCACCACUUGAGCCUGGAACACCAGUUCGUCAAACUGUCGAUUUCGCCCGUCGCUGGGAUCUCAUGCAACAGCAUACCGGUCAGCAUCUCCUCUCCGCCGUCAUGGACUCUAUGGAUCUGCCCACCCUUGGGUGGAGUAUGGGUCAAUCUGGAGAGAUGAACUACGUCGAACUGCCACGGAAACCGUCAGAAGAGGAGCUUCAAACCAUCCAAACGGAAUGCAAUGCCAAGAUCAGGAAGAGUAUGCCUAUUACAGUGGAAACACCAGAAGGCAAGGGAAGCGACAGCCUACCAGAAGACUAUGACAGAGAGAAAGGCGUUGUACGGUUCAUCAAGAUUGGUGACAUGGAUUAUAACGCUUGUUGCGGGACGCAUCUGCAAAACUCGUCGCACAUCAACAUCAUAUUAUUACACCAUAUGCAGUCCGUACGAGGUACCAACUGCCGGCUGUUCUUCACCGCGGGAGAUCGUGCGAUAAAGAUGGCUACCGAGUCGAUCACCGGUCUUCGCUCCAUUGCUGUGUCAUUAUCAUCUGGUUCUGCCCCUGCAGACGUCGCGGCUGGUGUGCAAAGGAUAAGUGACCAAGUCUCCGAAGGACGAAAGAAAGUCAACAAGUUACUAGCUGAGAUUGCAGCAUUUGAGGCAGGCCGCAUAAGGAGCCAUUUGCAAGGCCAGACCACCGCAUUCAUGCAUCGUGGAGCGGAUGGUCUCGAUUUCAUCAAUCUAGUCCUUUUUGAAAUCAAGGAUUUCGUUAAAGAGCGAGAAGUUGUUGUUGUGCUGUGUUCGGGUGAGAUUAAGAGCUCCGGAUCCAUUGUUGUGUUUGGCAAACCAGACUUGGUAGAGAAGAUGGCCGUGAAGGUUAAGGAAGUUGUGAGCACAGCGAAGGGUGGCGGCAAAGGUGAGAAGUGGCAAGGCAAGGUUACCGAGUGGCAAAAGGGUGAAAUCGAAGCAUUGAGAGAAGCUGUUCACACGCAGUAGAAGCUUUGGAUAUAUAUAGAAAGAGAGAGGUAUGUACAAGAAAGCCAUAUUGAACAAAGAGAAAAUUGGUAUAGAGCAGUUGUCCAAACCCGCCCUCCAUAGCAGUAUAAUGUAGGAGAAAAGGUAUUUACAUUGAAAAUAAAACCAGAUGAUCAUAGACUGGAGGAAAAGAUGAAGUGAAAGAGUAGGAGAGGGGUCCUCAAGUCUUUAGACACUGUACACCUUGACGGAGUUGACGAGCCAGUAUGU